CUUGAGACUUUAGUGUUUUAAAGGGUUAAUUCGGAUUCACUGCUUUAGUGAUGGAGUCUGGUGUCUUUGAAAAACACAUACUGUGUUGUAUUGUUCUGUGUCCAUCUCUUCACUCCUGCUCUGGGUUCCUUCGCUCUGCGUUGAAAGAGGUCCUUUAAGUGGACGUAGGAGACGUUUUGUUUUUGACAUGUUUCUUGUUUCAGAUCACCAGAGGAGACGAUCGGGCAGCAGAGAGCGGAGAGUAACCAUCUCCACCUCAGCGGAGCCUCCGAUGCCCGAGUACCUGCCCACACCCAUCGGCCAGCAACCGAGAGGAACCAAUCAGACGUUUGAAUCCACCCACUCCUCCUCCAAUACCGAAUGUUGCCGCUUCUCUCCCUGGAGCAGAAAGGCCGCGCCCUCUGACCCCGACACCGACGAGGUGGCCCUGGGUCACCGGCCCAAGUUCCCCGUCCCUAACACCCCCACCACCCUGGACAAGCAGACUAACUGGUCCAGAGCGCUGCCGCUUCCCACCCCAGAGGAACGAAUGAAAACCAGUUCCCAAGUCAUCAACUCCUGUGUCAUCCCCAUUAAUGUGACCGGCGUCGGCUUCGACAGAGAUGCCAGUGUGCGCUGCUCGCUCGUGCACUCGCAGUCUGUGCUUCAGAGGAGGAGGAAGCUGAGGAGGAGGAGGACCGUCGCCGGCGUUCCACGACAGGUGCAGCGAGAUCUGGACUCGGAUGACUCUCCUGGUUCCAGAGAGCGGACGGUGAUCGUUCACAGUCCGGACGUCACUCCUUCCACCGACGAGCUGGACGCCCGCCUCGGCACCAGAGACUCCGGCUGCCAGACCGAAGACUUUUUGAUCUCAGGAGCUCCGUCUCGGAGAAGGAUCCGGUCCCAGAGAGGCCAGGCCGUCUCCCACUCUGCGGGCAACAUCCUUUUCCUGUCGGACGACGGCGACGCCAUGUUCUCCGCCUCUGUCGACGCACGCCUGCGCUCCCGGAGUCUGCCCAGAGACGGGAGCCGGAUGAUGGACGACGGGCACAGCGACGACGACGAGGAGCUCUCCCCCUUCGACGCUGAGGACUUCCUUCCCCGACCCGGGGAGCUGAACCUGAAGGACGGAGAGGAGAGCGUGGAUGACCGUGUCGCGUCCGACCGCCAGAUGGGCCUGAAGUACAAGCAGCUCUCGGAGAGUCCGGAGCGCAGCUGGAUGGAGAGGACCAGGUCCCGGCUGCCCAGGAAGGCCGACAUGGGCAGCUGCGAGAUCUCGUCCAGCUCGGACACCUUCAGCAGCCCCGUCCGUUCCGUCUCCGCUGCGGGAGUCCAGCUGGACCACAAGGAGGACCACCAGUCCUCGAGCGGGAACUGGAGUGGGAGCAGCUCCACCUGCCCCUCGCAGACCUCGGAGACGAUCCCCCCGGCGGCCUCCCCGCCGCUGACGGGCUCCUCGCACUGCGAUUCCGAGCUCUCGCUGAACGCCGCCGCUCACAGCCAAGACGACCACGCCGGCUUCCUGCUGGACCACUACCACGGUCUCAGGACCCAGCGGGCGGGCUCCUUCUCCUCCACGGCUAUGGACAUAUUAGAGGAGGCCGGGGUCAGCGCUCCCAUGGAGGUGGAGUGGAGUUACCCCGACGCGGAGACUCUGCGCCCUCGGGACUUCAGCCCCGACCCCAGCCGCGAGGUGGAGAGCAGCCUGGGCUGCCCCAGCUUCACCAGUAUGGCCACAUGCGAGAGCAGCCUCUCCGACAAGCCGCCGUCGGAGAAGGCGGACACCGUGUCUCACUACUCUGUGGACACAGAGGGUUACUACACCUCAAUGCACUUUGACUGCGGCAUCAACGGAAGCAGGAGCUUCUCUUACGGCUGUGCGGCACCCGGCUCCGAGUCGGACUUCGACGGUCACAUGACUCUGGGGAGGCGCUGCCUCUCUUUGAGAAAACCAAAGGCGAAGCCGAGUCCGCCGAAGAGGAGCUCCUCCCUGAGAAAGAUAUGCAGCGAGGGACACAUCCCUGACAACAAAGAACCAAAGAUGUCUUCCAAGGAGAGGAAACUGCAGCUGGUUUUGUCCAAUUCCUCGCUCGUCAGGGAGCCUCUGGUGGUCUGGGGUUUCGAGGGCUCGGCCAAUCUGACCGACUUAGGGGUCUUCAGCGCCACGGAUUCGCAUUCGUUUAAGGACGAGGGCGUCGUGCAGUCGGACUACGCCGAUCUGUGGCUCCUGAACGAUUUAAAAUCCAGCGAUCCUUACCGGUCUCUGUCGAACUCCAGCACGGCAACGGGUACAACCGUCAUCGAGUGCGUCAAGUCGCAGGAGAGCUCCGAGUCUCAGACGUCGCAGCCCGGCUCCAGAGCCACCACCCCUUCCCUCCCGUCGUCGGAGGGAGACUUCAAGCUGACGUCUCCGGAGAAGCUGGCGGGCCUGACCAGCCCGUCCAGUGGAUACUCCAGCCAGUCGGAGACCCCGACCUCGUCGUUCCCCUCCGUCUCCGCCGCCUUCUUCCCAGGACCGCUGUCGCCGUCCAGCGGCAAGAGGAAGCCCAAAGUCCCCGAGAGGAAGUCGUCUCUUACGACGCAGUCGCUGCAGUCGCUCCCCUCCUCGAGGAGGGACCUGGAGCUGCCCAUAAUCCCUCCCUCCCACCUCGACUUAAGUGCCCUUCAUGGCGUCGAAGACAAGUCCUCGGCGUACAGGACCCAGAUUCAAAUCCUUCCCCAAAAUAAACACAAACCCGCCCAUCCCAUGUUCAUCACACCCACAGCUCUGAUCUCAGUCCAGCUCCGAUCCAUCGGUACGGAAGUCAAAGGACGCCACAAGGACGAAACCACGUCCACAUGUCCCGCUGAGAACUCAACCAACACACUUCUCUGCAGUACGUCCGCGGAGCUCAGGAGCCCUUCGCGUCUACAUUGCCCGCCCUCCGAGGGGUCGUGUGAAUCCUUGUUUACCUCAAACGAAGAGCUCGCGGACAGAGAGUGUCGGAGUGAGACAAGGAGUGCGAUGGGCCGAGAGGAGGAGGCGUUCAGACCGCUGCCGGUGGACGGAUAUGAAGGAGAGACAUGCAGAGAGUCGGCAGAAACACCUGAGGCUUUACAGCUGCAUAGACGUGAAGAAGAAGAUGAAGAAGAAGAAGAAGAAGAAGAAGAAGAAGAAGAAGCAGCUCUCUCUGUGCUGCACAGUUCAGCCAACGUACCUGAUGAAGUGCCUGCUGCCGGCGGCCAAUUGGAGGCGUCGGAAGGGAGUCCAAUCGGCGAUGAAGGUAGCAGAGAGGAGGAGUUUGAGUCGCCAGGUGCUUCAGACCACAAUGCCUCUCAGGACGGCCAGGAGGAGCCUGAGGAUCGCUUCAGUAGAGACUCCAGUGAAAACACAGCGUCUCCUCUGAUUGACGAGUCCCGGCCCGAGGACGAAGCUGUGUUUCUGUCCCCCACCAAGGCUCGGACCACCGAGGAUCUGUUCGCUAUGAUUCACAGGUCCAAAAGGAAAGUGUUGGGCAGGAAGGAUUCCACGGAGCUGAACGCGAGGAACUGCCUCGGUGCUGCAUCGGGGAACUCGCCGCCUGGCAGCACUGGGAGCUCCCCAGUCUCGCUGGUGUCUCCAUCCUCCCCCGCCGUCGCCGCUGCCGUGACCCCGCCGGGCCUGCACAGAGUCUCUGGACCCAUCUACAGGAGCGCCAAGAAGUCCAGCACCUCCAACGAGGAGUUCAAACUGCUGCUGCUGAAGAAGGGCAGCCGCUCCGAGUCAAGCUACCGCAUGUCAGCGACGGAGAUCCUCAAAAGUCCCGUUGCUCCUAAAUCUGCAUCAGACUCCCUGAUAGAGUCGCCCAGACGGACCGAAGAGCCCGACUCUCCCUUACAGCAGCAGUCAGGACCAGAACAUCUCUCCAGCCCGUACCCCAAAGCCAACGCAGAGGGCUUCUCCCCGAAAUCCUUCCCCACAUCCGCUGCCUCCAGGCAGGGCCGCCCAAGAAUCCCGCCGCCCGCCAACAGCAGCCGAUACGGCGCCCGCGGCAGACUGUACUCGGUGCCCAUGCAGGCGAUCUCCGAAGGCGAGGCGGAGAACUCGGACGGGAGUCCUCACGACGACCGCUCGUCUCAGGGCUCCACGUAGAAAAACAAGAGAGUCCAGAGGUAUGACAUUUUGUUAGUUUACAGUAAAAACAACAACAACAAAUGGACCAGAAUGACUUCUAAUAUAUAUUUAAAUAACAGUUUGUUUCAAAAAUAAUUAUAAUUUGACUAAUUGUGGCUGAGUUUUUAUAGAUGUUUCCUUUUUGGUUAUUCUGUGGAAUACUUUAAAACUAUUUUAUACACCGUUUGUCUAAAGAUUACCCUCAUGAUAUGAACACUUGCCAUUAAGGUAACUUGGAUUAAUUUGCAGCUACUUUCUGUAGAAAAAACAUGAUUGAUGAAUACGAAUGAUGAGCAAAACAUUAUUCUGCAGAACAAAAAACACGCUUACGUCAAAGUCCUGCAUGGGUCUAAUAAUACAAUAAGUUGGCUAGGCAGCACGUUUUAAUCAUUUUGAGCCAUUUCAUACAUGUGAUUCUAAGAUGAUGUAUUUUACAAAGAACGUAAUUUCAGAAAUACAAUUUAAAUGAAUAUUUUUCAUGAAAUUGAGCAGCACAUGUUCACAUUUUUAGGCAGGAAAUUUAAAUAAUGGAUGAAGCAUUAAUUCAAAUAUUUACUCAUUCAGCGGCUGGCUACUUAGCUAGCUAGCUUGCUAAUUCCACCAUGAUGUCAUGCUACAGCUCCAGAACAUAAAAAUGAACUGCUGAGUUUGGUCUACGUUACUUUAAAAUGUAGCUGGAAGUAAUUUUAUUUAACUUACCGUUCAUGGUAGCCAUUACCCUUUCAAUUAGCUAGUGCUAAUGCUAAUCACUAGCAUGCAGACUAUUGCUGUAAAGGGUGUGUUAUUGUGACAAAACACAGUAUUCACAGUACUCUUAUUAACAUUCGUGAAUUUGAGUUUACAUGCAAGGCAAGAACGUAUAUGUGUAUGCUAGCAGCUAGCACUAGUACUAGCUAUGUGUUUGCUAGCAGCUAGCAGCACUAGUACUAGCUAUGUGUUUGCUAGCGAUUAGCACUAGUACUAGCUAUGUGUUUGCUAGCGAUUAGCACUAGUACUAGCUAUGUGUUUGCUAGCGAUUAGCACUAGUACUAGCUAUGUGUAUGCGACCCGAUGCAGGACUCUGGCUUACAUGGUUCUAAAAAACUAUUAUUUAGUUAGUUUAUGGCACAUUAGCUCGAGCCUUCCUUCAGUCCUGCUACAGUAUAUGAUGUUCAAUCUGCUAUCACAGUCUGAGAGUUUUCUUGUACAACUAGAAGAAAUAUAUUGGAUGUAUACCUGUAUGUAUUCUGUGAAUACCUAUGCAAUUAGACACACACAAUUUUACAAAUCACAAUUUUACAAAUCAUUUUGAAUCAAAGAUAACUCACUAUUACGAAACUUUUAAAUAAUUCUCAUGCAAUAAGACGAGUAAUUAAAGGUGACACAGGAAGCACUAACUUGACAAUCUUAGGAGACGAGGAGGCGGCAAGGUGUGACAUGGGAGAUGAAAAAGUGAUUAAAAAAGUCAGAGGUGGUGAAACAUGAGAGCUGUAGAAGAACAAGGAGGUCAUGUGUGUUUAUUUCAAUGGUCAUUUCUGGGUGGCUGACUCGGUGUGUUUAUGAAUUGUUGAAAAGAGGUGAGUGGAAAGUGUUCAGGAGGAUCAAAAAUGCCUUAUUUUACUCUCAGCAAGAGAAGGUAAGUGACGAAGCAGCUCGGGGCCUCAAGCAAGUGUUUUCGUGAGAUUUUUCGGGGUUUUUAUAGAGGACGUCGGUUUAAAUAUGGAACCAGGUUUUCAUCUGUGAUGAAACAGAAGGAAGUUCUGGAUUAGAGACGUGGCAUUUGUUGCUUUAAUCGUACCAAAAUGCUCGUCUGGUUUUAUUCCCCAUCAAAAAUACAACCGGCCCUGGUUUCUGUGUCGCAACAAUCUAAAUAUAUUUAUUUUUAUAACUGACGCAGAAAAUCCCCUAUUUUUGUUGGAUAAACUUAAAUCUUUAGAUGCAAUGAAAUGCUGGUAUUAUUAAUAAAGUAUUUUAUUCAGAUAGUUAUUUUGUUUAUAAGAGACACAUUUUAAAUCAGACACUGGUUGCAGAGACAAAUAGGAAUAAUACGGAAGCCAAGAACGAUUCUGCUAGCAAUUUCUUUAUUUUUUUGUUUAUUUUUAUUUUAAUUCUUUAGAUCACAAGUUAAUUUUACCGUUCUCAAGAAAACAAACUUUGUUAAAACAAAAGGUUGCCAAUAGCAUAGAUGACUGAGGUCAAUCAGCUGACACUAAAAAGUACAUUAUAAAAAGAUUAUAUAUAUUAAAUAUAAAGUCUCUAUAUACAGCCGACUGUAUGGAGCUGACAGCUAGCUACACACUUAGCGAAGUUAGCGAAAGGAUACGUGUGGGACUACUCCAGGUUUUCAAAAUAUGUUGUUCACAAAGGAUACAAACAAAACACAUAUAUGGAAAUGUUAUCAGAGAUCAAAGUGACGACUUGACUGCAUUCAUUUGUGCAUGCUAGCAUAGCAUUAUCAGUUAUAAGAGGAAACAACAUAACUAACUAACUAGCACCGCACUUCUCGGCUUCCGUAUAAAGCUGCUCAUUAAUGUCAUUAAAAGAUGGAAUUAACAGUCAUAAGCUACAAGUGAGGUUUUAGUUGUUAACCUGACACUCUUUAUUUUGUCCCACACAUUCACAGUAAUAUUAUCAGUAUAUGAUGUUUAUUGCAGUGAUGGUACUCAAUCAUUAUGCAGAUGAUGACAGAGUCUAUGUAGCCAUAUUGCCUUAUAGGCACACUGUAAAUAUGAACUUCAUUUUGGCCUUAAUGACACUCCAUACUAAUGCCAUAUAACAGGGUACACAAGAUGUCUGUGAACCUUCAUUCCAACCCUUUUUCUUUCUUUUUUUGCACUGAUAAAGUGAUGUUUGUGAAGAUGCAUCUGUCUCUUGCUGUACCUGCAGAUAUUUAUAGACGUUUUACACAAAGCUGUUUUAAUAAUAUCCACACAAUGAGAACGCUAUAGUGUCGUAAGGUGAGAACGUGCACACGUAUAGCGGAAUCAAACUGUUCGCCUCCUCUCAUUUACUUGACUGAAACAAAACCAACACUCGAGAAGAAUCACUUCUGGAUCACUUCUGGUACUCGAUGCAUUUCAUUUCAGAUUUCUGAUCAACUGACUGACUUCAGAUCUGUUUGGUAUCAGCUUUGUAUUUUUUUUUUUGUACAAACUUGUAAAUACAAUAACUUUUGGAAUUGUCACAAAGGUUGAAUUGUUUCUUAUGUAAAAAAAAAAGAAAAAAAAAAAAGAAAGAUGUUUUCAAAGUUUACAUUGAUUUCCAACCUUUGUAUAUUUUUGAGCUGUGGAACACUUCGUCUUGUAUUUAUUUUUUAGUAAGCAUUGUGGGAAUCCCAUAGAAUCCUAUCCAAGCCAACAGCGAGCAGGAGAGGUUAGCAAAUGUGUAUAAAAAGAUGAAUAAAUGUGACUGCCUUGAAAAUUA